CCGUCCGGUGGAGAAGAACCUUUUCGGUGGCCGGGUCGACCGCGAUUCGAACCAAGUGCAAACGAACAAGUGCGAAGCGCGGUUAUUUUAUUUUUCGUCUUCGUUUGUUUCGCGUUUUAAUUAACUUAUUUUUGGAUCCUUUCGGUUCUGCACUGAUAACAAGUGAUAACCAUCUCUCACGUGUUGCAAAAACAGAAGAAGACUGUGACACCGAACCGCAGCGCGAGACCUUUCGCUUAUCUUAGUUUUCGCAUUGUGUGCCAAAAGAAGAUAACAGCGAAGGUGGAGGCUGCGAAGAAUUUGCUGCCAGAAAAGUUUCUGCUAGCCAAGAUAAAUCUACUCGGACCGAGAUCGAGAAGACUCCUGUAGUGUGACUUUGACUGAAGUCUGCUUAUCUCGACGCUCAAGAGCAAAUUAGUUCCGCAAAAUUGGUGAUGAUAACUAGCAGCAGCAGCUCCCCAUAUGGGUUUGUUCCGAAGACUGCAGCAACCCCGACUGGGCGUUGUCGUUAACAAUGAACUGGUGGCCUAACCUAACCAUGAUCAUGCGGUCACAAUUAAAUAAAAAGUGAAACUAAUUAUUAAUUGAUUGUGUUACGAGAGAAGAUUUAUUGCCACGCUGCUUGAGCUUAGGCUCUGAGCACAGUGAGGAGGCACAGAGAGAAAAGAGAGUGAAAAAUAUUGCACGGUGGCGUCCUGAUCGUCGCCAUGAAGAAGCACUACAGUGUCGAAAUAGCCGGUAAGUACGGCGGCGGUCGAUCGCCGUCCAAUCUGCUGGACAAAAUUACGCGGCGUUACUCCGCGAUCGGAAGCCGGCUGAUGCGUAAAUCGCCGGGUCGUAAAAGUGGUGUCGCCGAUCCGAUCACCGGCAGUUAUGAUAUGUCCGGUGGUCGGUCGGAUGAUUUUCGGCCGGAAAUCGGUGUCCCGAUACUGAUAUCCAAAACGAUGAAGUUCGAUUUUGACGACGAACCGGGCAAUCCGCCGACAAACAACCUUAGCAGCAGCACCCUUGCCGUAUCGCCUCGACAGUCCCAAUCGCCGGUGCCCGUUUCGGUUGCCACCAGAUCGACCUCGGAUGACAGCGAGAACGAUAUCUUCGUCGAUGCCAACAGCUCACUGCCCAACUUCAGUGAUAUCAAGUUCACUUUCCUGGCGACCGAAAGCAACAACAACCACAGGGAUUGUCCGGAUGAAAACAAUAAGGAAAACAUGCAGAAAUCACGCUCCAAAUCGGCCCACAACCUUCAUCAGCCGGAACUCCGACUCAGCCUGGACAAAACCCCCUCGUUGAACUUUUCGGCAUUGAGUAAUGGAGGCCUCCAAACUACCUCGAUCACCGUUCCCAACAGUCCGGCCGUGGACAGCAUUUACGACUUCCCUCGCAGCACCAAAGUGGACGAUUGCUCGUUCGAUCUCGAUCAUGCCAAUCUGAUCCUGAACGAGAUCAACCUCUCUCUAGUCAACGAUGGCGGCGACGUCGAUCACCACCCAGAUCAGCAUCUGUACCACAAUGUGCCGCCACAAUCGAACGGCGGAAUUCUGCACAAUCACGCGUUCGAAUACGCCGGAAGCAACCAAAGUUUUCACUCCAACAGCACCCAGGAGGAGGAGUUCGAUCUCAAGUCGGCUAGCUUCCAAAGCCUGGACGCACGCAACCUAUUCCUGUCGAUUGAAGAGCUAGAGGAAAUCACUCGACAGAUCAACGAGUCGUCCGACAUCUUCAAGGAGACCAGCAACGAGUACUGCGAACACCGGAAGCAGCUCCAUCCAACGGAAAGGCGACUGACCCUGCUCAAGAACAAAUCCUCCCACAAACACUUCAUCGAUUUCGAUAAGAAGAAAGCCAAGCUGACGCGGAAGUGGAGUGGGUUUAAGCAUUGGAUCGGCGAAGAGCAGGACAAGAUUAAGGAAGUGGUUCAGAAGCAUGCCGCAAUGCAGCGGGUGGGUUUGGAGGGGAGCGGUGGAGGGACUGGCGGUGGCGGUAAAAAGCGGUUCAGUGAUGGUGGGGGUAGUGAGGUGGGUGGUAGUGAAAUGGCGGUGGCCGAGAGUGAGUUGAAUGUUUCCGCUAGUGUGGUCGAUAGUGAGAAUAAAGAUCGGAGUCACGACUCUGAGGAACGGGAUGCUAGUAGGACCCGCAGUAAUCACAACAACUCGGAGAUUCUUGAGGUGAGUUGA